UCUCUCCCGCCUGCCGCCUGAUCUCAGAGCCGCCCACCCCAGCGCUGGACUUCACCCACCACCCCCGGGGAGAGGACCGUCUGCCCACACCGCUGUCCCGGGGCUCCUUAGGCGGGGCCGACCCCGGGGAGCCCCCCGACGGCCUCCCAGAGCUGGGUGGGGAAGGGGAUCUUAGCCCGCUGCCGCCUCCGAGCGAGCCACCAAGUGAGCGCCGGGACAGGAUUCCAGCGGCCGGAUAUGGGCGCCCGGCCCUCGCGGCGGCGGCAGCCCGCGGAUCCGCCCAUAGCCUUGGACGCGCUGCCCCCGGAGCUGCUGGUGCUGGUGCUGAGCCACGUGCCGCCGCGCGCGUUAGUGACGCGCUGCCGCCCAGUGUGCCGCGCGUGGCGCGACGUAGUGGACGGGCCCUCGGUGUGGCUCCUGCAGCUGGCCCGCGACCGCAGUGCCGAGGGUCGCGCACUCUACGCCGUGGCCCAGCGCUGCCCGCCCAACAGCGAGGACGAGGAAGAGUUUCCACUGUGCGCCCUGGCGCGCUACUGCCUCCGAUCGCCCCUUGGCCGGAACCUCAUCUUCAAUUCCUGCGGAGAACAGGGCUUCAGAGGCUGGGAGGUGGAGCACGGCGGGAAUGGCUGGGCCGUGGAAAAGAACUUAACACUGGUGCCGGGGGCUCCUUCUCAGACCUGUUUCGUGACUUCUUUCGAAUGGUGCUUCAAGCGGCAGCUUGUGGACUUGGUAAUGGAAGGGGUGUGGCAGGAGCUGCUGGACAGCGCCCAGAUUGAGAUCUGUGUGGCCGACUGGUGGGGCGCCCGAGAGAACUGCGGCUGCGUCUACCGGCUCCGGGUCCGCCUUCUGGACGUGUAUGAAAAUGAAGUGGUCAAGUUCUCAGCCUCACCCAACCCGGUCCUUCAGUGGACUGAGAGAGGCUGCCGACAGGUCUCCCACGUCUUCACCAACUUUGGCAAGGGCAUCCGCUAUGUGUCUUUUGAGCAGUAUGGGAGAGACACGCGCUCCUGGGUGGGACACUAUGGCGCCCUGGUGACCCACUCCAGUGUGAGGGUGAGGAUCCGCCUCUCCUAGCCCACCAGCCUGAUCAGGCCUUCCAGGACCUACUGUUGUUACCUGCCAGACAUGACUGACAAUCAAGGGUGGCUUUGCAGCUGGGGAUACCGUGUGGCUUGUUCCCAGCCAGCCUCCACCGAACCCCACUUGAGGCUACUUCAGCACAGUGGCCCAGAUGCUGCUCCAGAAACCAGGGAUCCAACCAAGCUGUUCAGAGCUUCCCCAAAAUAACCAAGACCUUUAUUUUGCCUGCAAAUUGUUCUCUUUCACAUGUGGACGUUAGUUGGCAGACCAAGUCAAAAAAACAAAAGCCAAACCAGGAUUUCUAACGGGGAAAAGCUGCCGACAACCUGGGACAAUGACUAGUUGGCAUGUUUCCACGGUAAGCUGAUUGCUGGCGAGGAGCAGAGGCCAGUCAGGGCAACCUGUCCUCGAGAGGACCAACAAGGGCAUCAGAGGGAACCCUUUCUGUUUUGGGGAGUCUCUGGCAUUCAGCCACCUCCAAUAUUGCCCUUCAGCACCUCCCCUUGGGGCCAGACUGGUGCUAUUUCUUGCAGAAUUCCUGAGGCUCCAUUAACCCCCAAACCGUCUUCCACCUGCACCUCCUACCCCAGCCUCAGAGACAGCUCGCCUCCUGCAGGGCAAACACCUUUUCUCCACUCGAGUCCGCCUGCAUACAAACUGCAGGAGCAAGGCCUGCCACAAAGGAAAGCUCUCCUGUCCUGACUCCCACGUCUCCUGCUUCCUCCAGCUGGGCACAGCC